UUGAGAGUUUGGCUAUAUUCGCGUGCUAGCGCGCGCAGUGUUAGGACGUGUAAGCAGCCAAGAUCGAUUUAAUUGUGUGUGAUAUUUAUUUCGUUUAGACAAUGCCACCUACUUCGAAUGCUGUUAUGGGAAUUGAUGACGACCAGAGGUUUGCUUUAAUGAAGUUCCGAAGAAGUGUCAAAGAUGUGUUGAAACCAGAACAUAAUGACCAGUUUUUGAUAAGGUGGCUGAGAGCAAGACAAUGGGACCCGGAAGCAGCGGAAAAAAUGCUCAGAGAUUCCUUGAUAUGGCGGGAAAAAUGGGGCAUAGACACAACUCUACAAUCAUGGCAGGCCCCAGAGGUUUUGGAAAAACAUUUUCCAAGUGGUACCACGGGAUUUGAUAAGGAAGGCUCUCCUAUAAUUAUCGUACCUUUUGUCGGUUUGGAUGUAUGGGGUCUCUUGCACUCAGUCAGCAGGACUGACCUCAUGAGAAUGAUUUUACGGCAUUUGGAGAACUAUUUAGAGCUUGGCAGAAAACAGGCAUCGACUCAUGGACCAGCAGCCUUAAAGGUGACAGUAGUUUUUGAUUUGGAAGGCUUCAACAUCAGACAAUACGCGUGGAAACCAGCUGCUGAAAUGGUUUUCACAUUGCUGCAAAUAUAUGAAGCGAACUAUCCUGAAAUAUUGAAGACCUGCUUUCUUAUAAAUGCACCGAAAGUCUUUUCUCUCGCAUUCUCCGUUGUGAAGAAAUUUAUGCAUGAAUAUACGAUAUCAAAAAUUAGAAUAUUCGGCACAGACCCAAAGAAAUAUCAACCACAGAUCUUCGCUAUCAUCGACAAGGAUAGUCUUCCCGCACAUUAUGGUGGCACUUUGGUUGAUGAAAAUGGAGACCCUAAAUGCAGCUCUAUGGUUAAACCCGGUGGGAAAGUCCCCAAGUCGUACUAUUUGCGUAACGCACAAGAAGAUGAAAGUAGCUCGGAAGGGUAUACCCGUGUCACCGUUAAAACUGGUGAAAAGCACAUAGUUGAUCUACUUUGUCCUGAGAACGAGAGUGUGCUUAAAUGGGAUUUCGGAGUAGAAAGCCACGAUAUUAAGUUCGUGAUAAAAAAGCGAGACGCGGAAGGCAAUGAGAGCGUUGUACACGGGCCGAGACGAGUGGCAGAAGGACCAGCUGAUGUUGGAGUAAUGCCCGUCACUGGGCCUGCUACAUAUUCUGUCAUUUUCGACAACAAAAGUUCCUUCCUCCGAAGUAAGAAGAUAUACUUUAACCUAAUAAUAUCAAUACCAGAGAGAGAUCUAGACAUGACGGACCUUCCUGAGGACAUGGCGGACCUAAAUAUCGCGACUUCAGCUUCCAAUUAGAAUUAAAUAAAAACUCUUGGGUCCUUUGAAUAAGUCAAUAGACUGAUUCAUGAACCAUGUAAAUUUAAUUAUUUGUAAAUCAUUUCUCUAGUUGAACAGAUGGCGCGACAAGUCGACGAAGUUUGUUUUUUAUUUAAUGCUUCGUCACGCUAUAAAUGAUGACAACAUUUAAGUAGAAUCUUAUGUAUACAGUGUAACAGCACUCAGUCAAAAUUGGGAAAAAUAAAAUAUAAACGGUAUCAUAAUAACCAGAAUCCAAGUAAAUAUAAUGUUACACAUAAAUAUUACUUUCUCAGCGUUUACUAUGAUUGCUGUGUCACCUUGUAUGGUAUAUUGCUCAAAGCUAUGUUAUUUGUUAAACAAAAUGUGAUUAAUGAUAGGAUUUUUUUUUUAAUUGUAUGCAGGCUUGCUUUCUGCAAUUAUGAUUAUUAUUCCAGUUAUUUUUAAGUCCUAGUAAAUAUAGUUAUUCUGUGAUAGUUUACUAUGUUAUGACUGCUUUGACUAGAUUUUUCAAUCAUUUGAACUUGAAGAAUUAUGUAAGGUAAAGAAAUUUAUUAAAUUAAUAAUUUUAUUAGGUUGUAUACUUUUUUUUUUUGUUAUGUAUGCAUAUAUUUUAAAUAUAUAUUACAAAUGUUUGUUGAAACUUAUAGCAUUUUA